GAAGUUGCCUGCGCCGAUGAAUCUCAUGUCUUUCAUCCAUAGAAUGAUAUAGAACAGAUACUAUACCCUACAUGAAAUCCUCUAUGAUGUUGCCUCAAUAAACACCCUAAGUUUGGUUUUCCUUAUUUUGCUUUUUCCUUUUUCUUGGUACUUUCCUCUCUCCCUCCUCUUCUACUGACCUGUGCAUACCCUUUUCCCGCCCAGCACACUCAAACUCGCAGCAACAGAAUAAUGAACGUUCAGCUCUAUAUCUAUGAUCUGUCCAAGGGUCUAGCGCGCAACAUGUCAGCAGCUUUCUUGGGAGUCCAGAUUGACGCUAUUUACCACACCUCUGUUGUCUUUGAGGGCAUUGAAUAUACUUACGAUGGAGGGGUCAAAACCGUCAAGCCUGGCGAAACCCAUCUGGGUAAACCAUUGCAGAUUCUAGAGUUAGGGAAGACAGAUCUGCCUAUGGAUGUGAUUCUGGAAUAUCUGGACUCUUUGAAAGAAAUCUACACCUUUGAGGCGUAUGAUCUCUGGAAACAUAAUUGUAACAACUUUUCGAACGAUUUUGCUACAUUUCUGGUAGGCCAGGGAAUCCCAGAGUAUAUUACGAACCUCCCGGAAACUGUUCUCAACACUCCUUUUGGCAGAAUGAUUCAACCGCACUUCGAUGAUUAUGUUACUUUGAAUACUAUGAAUAAUGGCGGUCUUUUGGGCAUUCAAAAUACAGAGGAUCCGCAGCAGCAAGCAUCGAUGUCCCAGGUUCGACAUGCCCAGACUUCUACUGAAUUGAACAAUCUCUUGAACUCAGCCAAGAAGAAAUGCGCAGUUAUUUUCUUCACCUCCCAUAGUUGCGCUCCUUGCAAACCUCUAUAUCCUGUAUUUGAGCAACUCGCAAAGGAUGCAGGACGCAAAGCCGUUUUCAUAAUAGUUGAUAUCGCCCGAUCAUAUGAGAUUGCCACAAGAUACAGUGUUACCGCGACGCCGUCCUUUGCGACUUAUUUACAAGGCGAGGAGGAAAAACGUUGGGCGGGAGCAGAUGUAGCAUCUUUACAACAAAAUGUAGGGCUUCUGGUACAAAUGGCGUUCCCGCCACAUGGACAUGAGUCUUUACGUUUACCAGCACUUCGUGCACCAAACAUGUUGCCAGUUAUUUAUACUAAAGUUCCGCCACUUGAAAAGCUCAAAGCAAAGAUGGGACCUGCUGCUGAUAUUCCAGCAGUCAAAGGCGUUCUCCACUUUGUAUCAGAGGGACAAUCAAAGCCCGCAGCACAGACUCAUCUCCCGGAUCUAGAUGCUUUCAGUUGGUUUUUGCGAGAAGCCCCUUCUAAAUUGCCAGCUGAAGUCUUGUUUACAAUCGUUGAUGUCCUUCGAUGUGCUCUUGUGGACCCAAGACUUAGUGGUUACUAUGCCGAGGAAAAGAGCCACAAAACUAUUGCUCCACUAUUCUCACAUAUCAAUAGUCUUAAAGACUGUCCCUAUUCACUCCGUUUAGUUGCACUUCAAGCAGGUUGCAAUCUAUUCACAAGUCCCUUAUACCCUCAACAUAUUCUUGGCUGUCCGACCCUAACCAAUCCUCUCGUUCAACUGAUCACAACCUCCCUGCUUGACGACACACAUCAUAACGUUCGUGUCGCAGCCGCAAGUCUUGCCUUCAAUAUGGCAUUCGCCAAUUCUAGUCUCCGUAUAGAAGACCACAAGGAAGUAUUACCAGAAAGCGAACAAAUAGAACUUGCUGCAUCUUUACUAGAAGCUAUACAAGAAGAAACGGAAUCCCCAGACGCAUUAAAGGGAUUUUUAUUGGCGUUUGGACACUUGGUAUUUGGAGCCCCGAAAGAUGGAGAGUUGGUGGAUUUAUUGAAGAGUAUGGAUGCUGAAAGGACUAUCAUGGGUAAAGCGAAGCCCUUUCCUAAGGAAAGUUUGAUUAAUGAGAUUGGGCAGGAGUUACUUGGGAAGGGCUUGGAAUAGGUGUACUAGUGUACCUAAGAUACUUGGUGUUAAUGGGCAGUAGAUUGAACAAUAUACCACUUUUCCUAAAAUUGCAAGCCAAUACUUCAUGUGUUUAUUCUUUUGGGAUGAUUUGCUUCGACAUUGGCAAGGAAGCGAGAAGCUUAGAAAUUUAGCUCAAGCGUGAAGGAGAGUAGUGGUGAUGUUGAGACUUCUGGGGCAGAGAAGGCAGCUGGAGGAAAGAAGAGAAGCAAGAAGAUUUGAAUACUAUGUUCUGUAGCCACAGGUCAUAGUCUUUUGUCGAAUAAUUAGGACUACAGUUUGCAGUGUACAAUUCUAAACACAAAAACACACAGAGAUACCAACAAGAUGUCAAUAUGCCAGAUUAGAUCGCAUUUCCAUUUUCCUACCAUGAACGCCUCAUCCA